UUUCUCUGUUUUUAUCUUUCCCGCUUUCACUUCUUUCCGCACGUCCUAUCCUAGCUUCGGUUGGGCCUCGUCGAUCGUCCCUCGUUCACCGUUAGCUGGACAUCGCUUCUCAGCGUCAUGGCUGCCGUCCCUCACGAUGUCAACCUCUCCGGAUCCGCCUCCCCCGCCAGUCCACACUCCUCCACCGGCCAGAUUCCUCUCGAACAACCCCCCAAACUCAAGGGUCGUCGGAAACUGCUCCAGAGUCUGCAGCGCAUCUCCUCCAGUCCCGCCCUGACCCGACGCGGUCGUUCCGCCUCCGCCGGAUACCGCCAGAAUGGAAAGGCCUCGCUGUCCUGUGUCUCGCUGUCCCAGACGGCGUACAACCCGUGCUUGGGAAACGGGAGCUCCGCCCAGCUCUAUGGCGGCUUGAACGCGAAUCCCACGGCCCCCGGAGUCACCAGCACCCCGCCCGAGCCUCACGAUGAGAAUGCCCGCAUCCGCCUGGUCGGCUCCGAAUCAUCCUCUCGGGUCAUCCGUCUCCCCACGGAGAUGAGGCCGGGUUCCCGAGGGUCACCGGCGGCUCCCGACGUAUCCGGAGACCUCACCUCCGAGCCAUCCACGUCCCAGCCCAAGAAGCCUUUCGAUUUCUGGGCGAGCAUGCCUAGCGAGCUCAAGGUGCUCAUCUUCCACUACCUCACCCCCAAGGAGGUCGUGCGCUGCUCCGCCGUCUCGAAGAAGUGGCACAAGAUGUGCUAUGACGGCCAGCUGUGGACCACGAUCGACACCACCGAUUACUAUGGCGAUGUCUCAAGUGACGGCCUGGUCAAGAUCAUCACUGCCGCCGGCCCCUUCGUCCGGGAUCUCAACCUCCGUGGCUGCGUCCAGCUGCGGGAUAAGUGGCGCUCCGAAGGCGAGCGGAUGACGGACCUCUGUCGGAACAUCGAGCGGUUCUCCCUCGAGGGGUGUCGUAUCGACAAGACCUCCAUGCAUUGUUUCCUCUUGCGCAACCCGCGUCUGCAGUACAUCAACGUCUCCGGCCUCUCCAGCGUGACGAAUUCCGCCAUGAAGAUUGUCGCGCAGGCCUGCCCCCAGCUCCAGGUCCUGAACGUAUCCUGGUGCACUAGUGUCGAUACCGCGGGCCUGGCGAAGGUCAUCGAAGCCUGCCCCCAUCUCAAAGACCUCCGCGCGAGCGAGAUCCGCGGAUUCGACGACGUCGACUUCGCCUUGGAGCUGUUCGAGCGGAAUACCCUAGAACGCCUUCUGGUGAGUCGCACCGAUCUCACCGACGAGAGCCUGCAGGCCCUCAUGCACGGUCUCGACCCGGAGAUGGAUGUGCUGGACGAACGGGUCAUCGUCCCCCCGCGCCGGCUCCGGCACCUCGAUCUCCACCGGUGCGCCGCGUUGACCGACGACGGGGUCAAGAGUCUCGCCCACAACGUCCCCGACUUGGAAGGUCUCCAGCUCUCCCAGUGCUCCGAGCUGACGGACGAGUCGGUCACGGCGGUCAUCAAGACCACGCCCCGCCUUUCACACCUGGACCUCGAGGACAUGGAACACCUCUCCAACAACACUCUCGUCGAGUUGGCCAAGGCUCCGUGCGCCGACCACCUCGAGCACCUCAACAUCAGCUACUGCGAGAGCAUGGGAGACGUCGGCAUGCUGCAGAUCAUGAAGAGCUGCCCCGCCCUGCGUUCGGUCGAGAUGGACAACACCCGGGUCUCCGAUCUCACCCUGAUGGAGGCCAGCCUUCGCAUCCGCCGACGCGGCUACAGCGAAGAGCUGCCGCGGGUGGGCUUGCGGUUGGUCAUCUUCGACUGUGCCAACGUGACCUGGGCCGGCGUCAAGGAGGUCCUGUCCAGCAAUGCCUACGUCCCGCGCGUGCGCAAGUCCAUGCAGGCCGUCUCCGUCGUGGCCCAGACGGUCCUACCCGACCAGCCCGCGGCCGCCCCCGCUGUAAUCACCUCGUCUAUCACCCCGCCCCCGUCGCCCCCGCUGUAUCCCAGUGCGGUCAUCCAGCUCAAGUGCUUCUACGGAUGGCAGAUGACCGUGGACGAGCACAACAAGCGCGUCCUGCGGGGAGAUCUCGCCGCGGCCAGCCGCCUGGAUCGCAAAUGGGCCGACUACAUGAUCGCCCAUGAGGAGGCCGGCACGGCGGGAGCCGGUGCCCGCCGACGACGGCGCCGCGCCCACGCAGCCGAGCAAGUCUACGAGCAAGACGAGGAAGCCGAUGGCGGCGAAGGAGCCCCGGCCGGAGGAGCUCGACGCCGACGAGCGCAGAGUAGCGGUAGUUCCUGCGUCAUUAUGUGAACUUGAACAUCACCCAAUUUACUCACUUCUUUCCAUACCACAUCCCCUCGCGGAGCGUUUCUUUUAUGGCAAAUUGCAUCGAGCCGGUCCGUUCGUUCUCGAUCACCGACUCUCUGAUCAGGUUCUGGAAACCCUUUCGACGAAAAACAACCCCCCCCCCUCCCUUCCUGUUGGAAAGGACAGCCUAUGCUAGCCGUGCUGGAAGGCUGAGGGAAUUGUUUUUCGUCUAUGAGAGAUGAAAUCAUGAAACCGCGAAAGCAACGACCUAGUCGUCGGAUAUGUACCAAGCAGGACGAUCUGAUGAACCCGACCGCCCCUUCCCUUCUUUUUUCUCGCUCUUUUACCUCGCGCUGCGGAUAUUCAAGACGACGCGAUUGUUUCUUCUUCUGUUUUUCUUUCCAUCUUUGCGUUAUCCGGACACAUCGGUUUCAUGAUCGAGCGUAUGGAGUCAAAAUGGGGUUUAACCGGAUCGACUCUCUGGGAGAGUCGGUCUGCGGAUGAUAUUUGGUCUUUUUCCUUUCAUGUAUUGAGUCAGUUGCGGUUCUUUUCGUUUGAAUGGGAACUGGUCUGGCUGGGUUGUUUACGUUGCUGGUUGGGUUUAGAUUGUCAUUUUACUUUUAUUUGGCGCAUCAUGUCAGUCGCGUCAUAUCUUCAUUGAGGUAUUGAAUAUACUACAAAACAGACUCCUACGUGCUGGACG